AGCUCCAGCACGCGGACACGGUGGACCGCAGGCUUGCCGCGGGCAGCCUCUGUGCUCUGUGAUAAGACUGAGAUGUGAGCCAUUUUAUUCGUUCGGUGCUUUUUCCACCUGGACCAGUGGGGUUUAGAGCUAUGUUCGCCAUGGGCGUCAUAUCUAGCUUGCAUUCCCCACAUUCGAGGGGCCCUUGAUACCCUUCAGACAAACACCUUUCCCUCCCUAGAGGACUAGAAUAUUUUCUUUCUGCUCUCAUUGUACACCACCCUUCAGUAAUGGCACCUGGCAUCGUGUCGCCUCAGCCGGCGGUAUCCAACGAUGCGUCACACUCCUUGAGCUCCGUCACGUCCUCCUACGACGACACGCUUCGAUUCUAUCUUAACGGGACGAAGGUGGUAUUAGACACAGCAGACCCCGAGGUCACGCUAUUAGAGUACCUGAGAGGCAUUGGCCUCACGGGAACGAAGCUAGGAUGCGCCGAAGGCGGAUGCGGUGCUUGCACAGUUGUCGUAUCGCAAUACAACCCCACAACCAAGAAGAUCUACCACGCCUCUGUAAACGCAUGCCUCGCGCCGCUAGUCAGUGUAGACGGCAAGCACGUCAUAACGGUCGAGGGCAUAGGCAAUGUGAAGAGCCCACAUCCGGCGCAGGAGCGGAUAGCGAAGGGCAAUGGUAGCCAGUGCGGGUUCUGUACACCCGGCAUCGUCAUGAGCCUCUACGCCCUCCUCCGAAAUAACGAAUCUCCCUCCGAACACGAAGUCGAAGAAGCAUUCGACGGCAACCUGUGCCGGUGCACAGGAUAUAGACCGAUAUUAGACGCAGCGCAGAGCUUCAGCGCUAAGGCAGGAUGCGGGAUGGCAACGGCGAACGGUGGAAGUGGAUGCUGCAUGGAGAAUGGCACAAAUGGAGGAGGGUGCUGCAAGAGCAAUAGGGCAGAGGGCGAUUCACAGCCCAUCAAGAAGUUCACGCCUCCUGGUUUCAUCGAGUACAAGCCAGAUACCGAGCUCAUUUUCCCACCCCAGCUACGGAAGCAUGAAUUCAAGCCGCUCGCUUUUGGAACCAAGAGGAAGAAGUGGUAUAGGCCGGUGACACUGGCGCAGCUACUCGAGAUCAAGAGCGCGUUUCCAUCUGCAAAGAUCAUUGGAGGCAGUACCGAAACCCAGAUAGAGAUCAAGUUCAAGGCACAGCACUACAGCGCCUCGGUGUUCGUUGGCGACAUUCCCGAACUGCGGCAGUACUCUUUUCAGGAUGAUUACCUGGAGAUUGGCGGAAAUGUUGUGCUCACUGACCUCGAAGAUAUCUGCAGAGAAGCGGUCAAGCACUACGGAGACGUGAAAGGCCAGCCGUUCGCCGCUAUUUUGAAGCAGAUUCGGUACUUCGCUGGACGGCAGAUCAGGAACGUUGGAACGCCGGCGGGCAACCUGGCCACUGCGAGUCCAAUUUCAGACCUCAACCCGGUCUUCGUCGCAACUAAUGCUACGCUUGUGGCCAAGUCACUGAACGAGACGACCGAGAUCCCAAUGUCGCAGUUUUUCAAAGGUUACCGAGCGACAGCGCUCCUUCCGGAUGCCGUUAUCGCAAGCCUCAAGAUCCCGGUCUUCAAAGAAAAGGGCGAGUAUAUGCGCGCGUAUAAGCAGGCCAAGAGGAAAGACGAUGAUAUUGCGAUUGUGAACGCAGCUCUACGGAUCUCACUAGGUGAAGGCGACAUUGUUGAAAGCGUGGAUCUGGUGUACGGAGGCAUGGCACCUAUUACGAUCGCGGCAAAGAAAGCUAUGGCCUUCCUCCAGGGCAAGAGGUUCACGGAGUUGAAGACCCUAGAAGGCGUCAUGAAUGCGCUGGAAGAAGAUUUCGAUCUCAGAUUUGGUGUGCCGGGCGGCAUGGCGACAUACAGAAAGUCUCUCGCGCUCGGCUUCUUCUACAAAUUCUACCAUGAGGUUCUCGCCGAGCUGCGUGCCGAAGAAAUUCAAGUUGACACACAAGCCAUCGGCGAGAUCGAAAGAGAUAUCAGCUCAGGCGAGAAGGAUCACAAGGCGGCGGAAGCAUAUACCCAGAAGAUUCUAGGAACGGAGAAGCCGCACGUUGCCGCUAUGAAGCAGUGCACCGGUGAGGCUCAGUACACUGACGAUAUUCCCCUACAGAAGAACGAGCUGUAUGGAUGUUUGGUUCUCUCGACGAAGGCGCACGCGAAGCUCAUUAAGGUCGAUCCGGAGCCAGCCCUCGAUCUUCCAGGCGUGCACGCGUGGGUAGAUCACAAGGACCUAGCUACGCCAGAAGCCAACUGGUGGGGCGCACCGUCUUGCGAUGAAACCUUCUUCGCUGUCGAUGAGGUCUUUACAGCUGGUCAGCCCAUCGGAAUGAUCCUGGCGGACACGGCGAAACGCGCGGAGCACGCGGCGCGUGCUGUCAGUAUUAAAUACGAAGAUUUGCCGGCGAUUUUCACGAUUGAGGAGGCUGUCGCAAAAGAGAGCUACUUUAACCACUUCCGCUACAUCAAGACAGGAGACACCGAGAAAGCUUUCGCUGAAGCCGACCACGUCUUCACUGGCAUUGCUCGCAUGGGUGGCCAAGAACACUUCUAUCUCGAGACGCAAGCAUGUCUGGCAGUGCCGAAGCCUGAAGACGGCGAAAUGGAGAUUUACAGCAGCACGCAAAAUCCGGCCGAAACCCAGGCCUACGUCUCAAAAGUCGUCGGCGUAGCAGCGAAUAAGAUCGUCUCAAAGGUAAAGCGAAUGGGGGGUGGGUUCGGUGGCAAAGAGACUCGCUCUAUCCAGCUCGCAGGCAUCGUAGCAUGCGCAGCGAACAAAGUUCGCCGCCCCGUCCGAUGCAUGCUCAACCGCGACGAAGACAUCAUGACCUCCGGCCAACGCCACCCCUUCCUCGCCCGCUGGAAAGUCGCCGUCAACAAGGAUGGCAAACUUCAAGCGCUCGAUGCAGACGUCUUCUGCAAUGGCGGCUGGAGCCAAGAUCUCUCUGGCGCCGUCGUCGAGCGCUCCCUCUCUCACAUCGACGGCUGUUACUCGAUCCCUAAUGUCCAUGUCCGCGGGCGUGUGGCGAAGACUAACACCGUCUCCAACACUGCGUUCCGCGGUUUCGGCGGUCCGCAAGGCAUGUUCAUCGCUGAAACGUACAUGGAAGAGGUUGCGGACCACCUCAAGAUGCCCGUCGAGAAGCUGCGAGAAAUGAACAUGUACGCGCCCGACACGAACAUGAUCACGCACUUCAACCAGCAGCUCAAGGACUGGUACGUCCCGCUCAUGUACCAGCAGGUCCAGGACUCCAGCGACUACGCUGGCCGCCGCACCGAAAUCGAAGAAUGGAACAAGACUCACAAGUGGAACAAGCGUGGCCUCUCGCUUAUCCCAACCAAGUUCGGCAUCUCCUUCACAGCGCUCUUCCUCAACCAGGCCGGCGCCCUUGUGCAUAUCUACCACGACGGCAGCGUUCUCGUCGCCCAUGGCGGCACGGAAAUGGGCCAGGGCCUCCACACAAAAAUGACCAUGAUAGCCGCCGAAGCGCUGCAGGUCCCGCUGUCCAAUGUCUUCAUCUCGGAGACCGCAACCAACACCGUCGCAAAUGCGUCCUCCACCGCAGCAUCCGCAUCCUCCGAUCUCAACGGCUACGCCAUCUUCAACGCCUGUAAACAGCUCAACGAGCGUCUCCAACCCUACCGCGAGAAACUCGGUCCGGCUGCCACCAUGAAAGACAUCGCGCACGCCGCCUACUUCGACCGCGUGAACCUCUCCGCACAAGGUUUCUACCGCACACCAGACAUCGGAUACGUGUGGGGCGAGAACGCAGGGCAAAUGUUCUUCUACUUCACGCAGGGCGUUGCUGCCGCGGAGGUCGAAAUCGAUACCCUGACGGGCGAUUGGACGUGCCGCCGCGCAGACAUCAAGAUGGAUGUGGGGCGCUCCAUCAAUCCGUCCAUCGAUUACGGACAGAUUGAGGGGGCGUUUGUGCAGGGGCAGGGCCUGUUUACGACGGAGGAGAGUCUGUGGCAGAGGAGUACUGGGGGCGUUUUUACGAAGGGCCCCGGCGCGUAUAAAAUUCCGGGGUUUAGGGACAUUCCGCAGGUGUUCAAUGUAAGUUUGUUGAAGGAUGUGAAUUGGGAGAAUUUGAGGACGAUUCAGAGGAGCCGUGGUGUUGGUGAACCACCCCUUUUCAUGGGCAGCUCUGUCUUCUUCGCCAUCCGUGAUGCGCUCAAGGCUGCGCGCGCAGAGUUCGGCGAGACGUCUGUGCUGCAUUUGCAGAGCCCAGCGACGCCGGAACGGAUCCGGAUCUCCUGCGCUGAUCCAAUUUUGAAGCGGGCGUGGGUCGAGCCCAAGGAGGGUGAGAAGAGCUGGUUCAUCAGCAUUUAAGCGGACGGGUGAAGGUUUGUAGGAGGCAGAGUACUGCAGGCGCAGACAAUAGAUGGACCGACAGGUCUUGGACAGGGAGAUACCAUCGCUUUGAUACUAUGGUUACGAAUGCACUUGUAGUGAGCUUGACUUUUCCUGAUAUUUAUAUCCUCGGUGUCGAGCUUUGGAAGCCGUCCCGAGUUGCAAUCAUGAUAAAGCCACUGCCAAAUCUG